AUGCGGAGAUUUACCUUAGCUACUCAUAGAUCAUUUUCCCACUCCUGCGCCAACCCCAAAUCUGCAUGCUCGUUGGUCAAACCCGUUCAUCAUUUGGUUAAGAUUGAUAAAUCAAAAUUAUCUCCUAGAUUCCCAGAACUGAAGUAUGAUAAGAAUGAUAUCAGGUCACCUGGAUUCAAACCAAAAGAUUCUCACGCAGACAGGCUCAAUGAUCAUUAUCUAAACACUUUACAAUCUGAUCUGCUAUUAAUCAAUUAUUCACACAAUGCGAGUGUGGAAAAAGGUUUGAAGCAAAGAACGUGGAGUGGUGAUUCGCCGUACCAUUUGAACAGACCGCCCAAAAAUCCUCAGGGUUCCAAGGUCCAGCUACCUGACAUUCACCCCAUUAAAUGGAGUAACAUUCCCGGAUUAGAAAGUGUUGUGAUCAAUUGUUUUGUUAGGGAGGCAAGAGAAAACCAAUUGUUUGCUAUUACUGCAGCUGUGCAAUUACAACAAAUAACUGGAUGUAAACCCAAACCAAUCUUCUCUAAAAACGAUGUUCCAACUUGGAAAUUAAGAAAGGGUCACCAAAUGGGAGCCAAAGUCGAGUUAAAGGGAAAAGAAAUGUCACAGUUCUUAAGUACAUUGACGGAGAUUGUCUUACCAAGAAUCAGAGAAUACAAAGGUAUCAGUAACCAAUCCGGGAAUAGAUUUGGCGGGAUAAGUUUUGGCCUGACGGCUGAAGAUAUCAAGUUUUUCCCAGAAAUUGACGCAAACCAAGACUCAUGGCCAAAAACUUUUGGUAUGCAUAUUAAUAUAAACACUUCUGCUCAAUUAGACUACCAGGCAAGAACUUUGUUGAGUGGAUUCCAAUUCCCAUUUUUUGGAGAGGAGAAAUAG